ACUUCACCGGAAAUGGACGUGGCAGCCUUUCCACUAACUUCCUGGUUGUUCUGUUGUCAAAUAAGCAUCGGACAGCGAAUCUACCUGACAGAGAAAUGUCCUCUUGUUGAACUGUUGAGCUGCAUGUUACGAUUCUGACUGUAGUCUCUACACUGCGCUUUCAUGUCAGGAUAAAGCGUAAAAGCAACAUCAUACAGCACAGCGAGCGAUGCACUCAAAUCGCCUGUUUGUCGUGUUUUUCGGUGGUGUGUUUGGUGUCUGUUUCAGCGUUUCGGCGAACAGGGGAGGAUAUCCUUCAUUCACCGAUGAAAUCCCAUUUAAAAUCAACUGGCCUGGACCAGAAAUCAACCUGCCUGCGUCAGGUGCCCUGUACAAAGAGGAUGACUUCGUUAUCAUGACGACGUUAGAGAAGGAGAAGUACAAGUGUCUGUUGCCUUCUCUCUCGGGUGGAGAUGAGGAUGAUGAGCGUGACUACAGCGGCCCGAGUCCAGAUCUUCUUCUUGAGCCGCUGUUUAAGCAGAGCAGCUGUUCAUACAGGUUGGAGUCGUACUGGACGUAUGAGGUGUGCCACGGGAAACACGUGAGGCAGUACCAUGAGGAGAAGGAGACGGGACAGAAGUCGAACAUCCAGGAGUAUUACCUGGGCAACAUGGCGAAGGCCAGCUCUGAUCCCUCAGCAGAGUCUGAGCCUGAGGCUGCCGGAGCGUCCUCUGCUAAACGGAAAGAGGUGCCCACCAAGAACAUCGAGGGUCAGCUGACGCCGUACUACCCGGUGCCGAUGGGUGAGGGGACGGCGUGCACGCUGAAACAGGACCGCCCCCGCGCCACCACCGUGCUCUACGUCUGCCACCCCGAAGCCAAACACGAGAUCCUCUCCAUCGCCGAGGUGACCACCUGCGAGUACGAGGUGGUGGUGCUCACGCCGCUGCUCUGCCUGCACCCCAAAUACAGAUUCAAGUCGUCCCCGGUGAACACCAUCUUCUGCCAGUCGCUCAGUGGCUCCCCCCUCAGGCCGCUGCGGCUGGCGCAGCUGGACCAGGAGCAGCAGGACCUGCUGAAGCCCCCCCACGCCCCCCACGGGGCUGCCGGGGGCACAGGGGCCGCCGCCUCGGAGAAGGAGGAGGAGGUGUCUGCGCCGGUUCGAGAGGAGGCCUACUCUGCUACCCACAAGCCCAUCGCCGUGGGGGGCCAGGCUCAGGUCGCCGUGGGAACCACGCACAUCUCCCGCCUCACGGACGAGCAGCUCAUCAAAGAGUUCCUCAGCGGCUCCUACUGUUUACACGGGGGUGUGGGCUGGUGGAAGUAUGAGUUCUGCUAUGGACGACAUGUUCAACAGUAUCAUGAGGACAAGGAGCAGGGUAAGAGUGUGGUUGUCGUGGGCAACUGGAACGCUGAGGAGCAUCUAGAAUGGGCGAAGAAGAACGUGGCGCGCUCUUACCAGCUGAAGGACGACGGCAUCCAGAAAGUCAAGGCGGUGUCCCACUUCUAUGGCCAUGGGGACGUGUGUGACCUCACAGGGAAGCCCAGACAGGUCAUCGUCAAGCUCAAGUGCAAAGAGUCGGAGUCUCCCCACGCAGUCACCGUCUACAUGCUGGAACCCAACACCUGCCAGUACAUCCUGGGGGUGGAGUCUCCGGUCAUCUGUAAGAUUCUGGACACCGCUGAUGAGAACGGCCUGCUCUCCCUCCCCAGCUAACAAGACCAGAGCAGAGCAGAGAAGACUGGAGUGGAGUGGAGGAAGACAAGAGAGACUCGUUUAUCGCUGUGGAACGCGGAUGGAUGGAUGGAUGGAUGGAUGGAUGGAUGGAUGGAUGGAGUGAUGGAGUGAUAGUAUGAAGGAGUGUCACAGUAGUAGUAGGGCACUUGGCCUUUGUCGUCUCCUUUGCUGCAUUGUGGAGGAGGAAGAGGAGGAAGAGGAGGAGGAGGAAGAGGAGGAAGAGCAGCACUGCAUCACAGCUCUCAGACUGUGCAGUCACACCUCUCCUCUCCCCAAGCCGCUCUUUGUACAUACGUGUGUGUACGAUAGUGUGUGUGUGAAGUUGUGGAUGAGUGUGUGUUGGGGAAGGGUUUGGCUGGAACUUGUGUGUGUGUGUGUGUGUGUGUGUGUGUUGGCAUGUGUGUGUUUAUGAAGAGGUGAGUGGGUGUGUAUAGCGAGGGCACACCCUGAAGAAAAGAGUUCUAGCUGUGGAAUCUUCAUCCCAAUGGAACCGUUGCUUCAUUCUACCCCACAAUACAAGGACUCCCAGUCGGCAUGGGAACCAGCUACGGAAUCAAACACCAUCACUGUCUCCCGUAGCAACCGCAUCAUCUGGCUCGGCUCAUGGACACCUUCGCUGUCUCAUAUACACGCUGUAAUCUGGCAACCAGGGUGUUAAUCUGGCAACCAGAGGGGUAUUGCAAGAACAUGGUUAACUGGUAAACCUGGCGAAGCUAACCAGCAGGAAGUGCUAAAGCUGCUAAUAGAUGGUCCACAGCUGUCAUUUAGUUAAUAAAAUAAGGACUGCAGGCUCUUGUAUUAGAUGGUUUAUUACCACAGCCUCAAUGUUACCUUAGCCUGGUUUACUACUGAGUAGAGAUGCUCCGAAAGGGAAAUGUGUGGCCGAAACCGAAUAUUACAGUUCAGUUAAAAGUUAGUUUUUUCAUUAUUUUUAAAUAUUUCCCAAAUCUACAGCUUACAAUGCAUGUUUAGACAGGCUUUUCAAAGAAAAUAAAUGUUUAUUUGAAGUCUUCAAAUGUUAGAGUAGAACUGAAAUAAAUUUUAUUAAUGCCCUUUUUCAAUUCAUUUACUAUUCGGCCUCCGAUUCGGCCACUCAAUUGGCUUUUGGACGAAAACCGAAAGAGUCCUUUUUUGCGUUUUCGGCCGAAUAUUUUCGGUUGCCGAAUUUUCUUUGCACCUCUACUACUGAGCCAUGUUAUUGGAAUACUCCCUUGGAUUCAGAAGCUACAAUCCAAUCCAGCGCCUCAUGUGGAGUCACCCAGAAGUAUGUACAUGUAGUUUUCCUCUUAAGGGACACUGUGUGAAUUUUUUAGUUGUUUAUUUCCAGAAUUUAUGCUGCCCAUUCACUAAUGUUACCUUUUUCAUGAAUACACCAACAUCAAAUUCUAAGUAUUCAUUAUGACUGGAAAAAUUGCACUUUUCAUACAUGAAAAGGGGACUUUCUCCAUGGUCCGCCAUUUUGAAUUUCCAAAAAUAGCUAUUUUUAGCUACAAAAAUUACUGUACUUGGACCAUACUAGGAAAUAUUUGGCAAUAGGCAGCCCAGUUUCAAUGAGCACCAUAGUUGCAGUACCUUUUUUUGACCAUUUCCUGCACAGUGUCCCUUUAAAAGCAUUUAACGCCAUGUUGGCCCCUAAAUUCUUGAAUGGGGUUUUCUCCACUGCAGACCCAUCUCAAAUACGGUGUGUGAGCGAAAUCAUGCAAAAUAGCGUCCGUAUUUUAUUUUUGCUCUCCGUAAUUUUCCCAUGUUAUUCACCAUAGGGAUUUUUCCUUAGAAACCGGAUGCUGUUAAAAUGCUCAUCUGCCACAUACACAAAGUGACGUCACCCACUUGCACGCUCUACUUCAAUCGAUCUGGUUUCACCUGUCAAAAUGGAGCAACUGCACGGGUGAGACCUGGUGCUUUGUUAUAGGACUAUAUAAUAUGGCAAAAAAGUUUGAGGAGAGUGCCUUGAUAUUUUUCUUUUUUUCUUGGCCUAUAUGCCACUGGAUUGUGUCUUCUGGAUCCAUCUUGCUUAUGACUGAUGUACAUUCUACACACCUUCCUCACACCAGUGCAGCAGCAUCGCCUUUUGCUGUUUUUAACUCUUCUGUAAGUUAUUUAGCUCGUUUGUUUUCUGUUCAUCAACAGCUUAGCAUUUUGCACUUCAUUUUUUAUCAGCCUGAGUCAUGAAUGAAAUGGGGGAUAUGAAUGAGUUUGUUGAAAAAUGAUUUCUAAGUUAAAUGGGUAGAAUAGAAUAGAAGAAAAUUCUGAAUCAAUGCAGCGUUUUGCAGGCAUGUGUCCAGCUGGGGCCUACACUAAGAAGCUGGUUCAGGAGUAAACCAGGUUAAGCUAAGAGGUAAAUCAUCUAAUAGAAGAGUCCUCAUUUUCUUUAAAAAGGGGGACUCUAGGCUCUUCUAUUUGGAUGAUUUACCUCUUAACCACAUUUUUGAGGACGCCAGGCUCUUCUAUUAAAUUAUUUACCUCUUAGCUUAACCUGGUUUGCUCCUGAACCAGCGUCAUAGUACUGUAUACCCCUCUGGUAUCUUGGUAUGGUCUGAGUCAAUGCUGUGUUUGCAGCAGGUAUGGUCUGAGUCAAUGCUGUGUUUGCAGGCGUGUGUCCAGCAGGUGUCUUGGAGUGGUGUGGUUGCUUCUCUUUUUUUACACAUGGAAGUAAAGUGUGUGAUGGCGGAUGUUGCGCUUGCUGACGUUCCAGGUCAAAAUGGAGAAACCACUGGAGGUACAGGGUGCAUUCCAAUAUGAGAAAUUGCGUCCUCCACUUGUGCUUGUGGCCUCGAAUUUUGCUGAUGCCCCACCUCCUUGACGAAAACGGUAAAGUUUCCCCACUGUCAGCCUAGCCAAAACUAUUUUUGGGGGUCUGUUCUUCAUUCACCAUCCCGAUUGCAAAUGAGGAAAUUACAUUAGAAUUAGAAUACAUCAGAAUUAUGCUUUUGCAAGAUAGAUAUUGAAUUCAUUUUCUGUCUUGGAUGACAUCAUCAUGAGGUCACAAGCAGGCAAGGGAGGACAGAAGUUUGCAUAUUGGAAUGCACCCACAGACCAUGUGAGCUGCACUGGGGUCUGCACUAGGUGGCGCAGAGGUGUACAAAUCACAAAUAAAUUAUUUGAUUUAACUUUGC